AUGCGGACUCCAUUACGAGCGGCCAUAGCCAUUGCGCUAAUUAUAACCUUGUUUUUGGUCAAACAUCACCUCGAUUCCAUCUUGCGAUGGCGAGGUGAUGAAAUUAUCCUAGGCGAUGCAUAUAUCGAGCUGGUCUCGGCCCAUGCUGCGACGUCUGCGACCCCAGCUUCACACACCCAAACCCGGAGGAAAUGGUACCCCACGGCCCGACCAACCGCCCAAGUGAUAGCCAAUCCUGAACCGGAGCGCAUCCCCGUCGAUGUCCCCGGCGCUGAAUGGGCGGGAGAACUAUUUUUCAAUGCUAGAGAAGCGCCCAAUUUUCAUGAUUCAAUGAGGGGCUUAGUUGACAAUGUGCAACUACUCGCUCCAGUAGAGCAGGGUGAUGUGGCGGCACCUUCGUCCACUGCUCCUUCUCGUCCAAAGGUCACGCCCAAAUCGGAUCGCGCAAUUAUUGUGGGGAAAAUGUCGUACGAAGACACUAAUUGGCUUGAGGAUCAUCUGCCAGAAUGGCAACACGCAGUCUACAUGGUCGAUGACCCCAGGGCAUCCUUGCAAGUGGAACAAAACAAAGGCAAAGAAAGCAGUGCCUACUUGCAAUACAUUCUAGACAACUAUGACAAAUUGCCCGAAUACAUGGUCUUCCUCCACGCCCAUCAAUAUAGCGGGCAUGUCGAAUUCUGGGAGCAGGACAAUGUAUUGACCGUCCAGAGACUGCAGCUCGACUACCUCCGACAAGUUGGAUAUCUCAAUCUCCGCUGCGACUGGGAUCCCGGAUGUCCCGAUGAAGUCCAGCCAUUCCGGCAAAUGGCUGGUCGCACUACGGAGCUUGCCUUUGCAGGUGCUUGGAUUCGUAUUUUUAACAACACCGAUGUGCCUGAGAUUGUUGCUACGCCUUGCUGUGCGCAGUUCGCUGUAACCAGGCAGCAGGUUCUCCAACGCCCGCGGAGUGACUACGAGUCAUAUCAUCAUUGGCUUAUGACAACCGAAUUGGAUGACGAGACGAGUGGUCGUGUCUUUGAAUACAUAUGGCACAUUAUUUUCGGACAGGAUCCCGUGUCUUGUCCUACAAAGGCACAGUGUUACAAGGAUGUAUACGCUAUGGAUUAUGAGGAGCCACCUAUGGAUUUCUUUGAUGACCUUUGGGACAAUUGGUAUGAUGAAACACCUGUGGACGGUACGCCUGUGGACGAAACGCCUGUAUAUGAAACACCUGUGAAGGAAACACCUGUUCGUGUGACACAUGCGCAUGAAACGGCUGUGGAUGAGGUAUGA